CGCGCGCUUCCGGGAGCUCGCCGAGGUCCGCGUCGACGAGACGCGAAGCCGGGAGGGUCGAGGUUCAGUCCCGGAUCGCGGCGAUAAACAACAACAACAGCAUCGUUUAGAGUAAACAACAACAACGUUUAGAGUAAACAACAAGUACUACCGCUACGACUGCUGCCGCUCGCGUUCGAGCAGCUCCAGCAGCCACGGGCUCACACGCGCCGCGCCUACGAUGAGCGACAAUGACGACAUCGAAGUGGAGUCGGAUGCGGACAAGCGUGCCCACCACAAUGCCCUGGAGCGCAAGCGGAGAGACCACAUCAAGGACAGCUUCCACAGCCUCAGGGACUCGGUGCCCUCGCUGCAGGGAGAGAAGGUUUGCUCGCACGCAGGAUCGCUUGGGGGCCGCCGGUCUGGGGGGGUCGGCAGUCAGGCGUCCCGUGCGCAAAUCCUCAACAAAGCCACGGAGUACAUCCAGUACAUGAGACGGAAAAACCACGCCCACCAGCAGGACAUCGACGACCUCAAGCGACAGAACAACCUCCUUGAGCAGCAGGUUUCUCAGUUCCCCAAGAAGCUCCCAGCACGUGGAGUGAAACGUCGGACAUCGUGCCAAACAAUGCACGGAGCAACCCAAACACGUAUCGGAGAGAAGGUGCGCGUGCUUGAGAAGGUGAAGGCCUCGCAGUCCACCACGUUCGCGGCCUCCUCCGCAACCGGCGACGGCGCGCGCUUCACCAACUCCAAGGGCGGCACCGUCUCCGCCUUUGACGGCGGCUCUGGCUCCAGCUCCGAGUCCGAGGGGGAGGUGCCGCAGGCCGCCACCGCCUGAGCCCCGAGCGACCCCCGACCUCCGCGACCGACCGACCGACCACCGCGACCACUGCCGCCGGGCAAGCGUCGUCCUGACGCGGUGUCUCUACGUCGGGGGUCCGCCGGGGCCGUGAGUCCCGAAGCCCCCACGAUCGCUUUUUUGCCUCCGGAACGGCGGCACCGCUCCCUCUGACCCGUCGACCCGCGCUGGACCAACGCGGCCCGGGUCCGGUCGGUUGGUUUGGCGAUCAGAGCGAUUCGGUUUUGCACGCGUGGACGACGGCACGUCGGGAUUCGUGCGACGUUGACGCAGACGCUCCGACGUCCGCUGUAAAAGUGGUCCCGCUAUUCAGAACGCCGCGAAUGUGGGGGGCGAAAGAUACCUGCGACUUCACCCUCCUUGCGUUCCUACAUUUACGCAGGUCUGCCUUACGAAGGAGUAGACGACCCCUCAUGCCCCUUUUUCACUGACACAUCCAGCACAGGGCCGAUCACCGUACGGUGGUUUUCCACCGGCUGCUUAUCAAGCCAAGCCAGAACCAAACUCUGCUCUCAUGAACCAUCUGAAUCUGGCCCAGGACUGGGCAGGGCUAGGGGCUGAUGACACAUUCAAUGCAUCUAACAUCAAGCCUAAAUUUGAUAACAAGUUUGUAUGUGAGAGUGCAUAUCUUUGUGUGUAUGGGGAGCAGUAGUGUAGUGGUUGGCGCGAUGUGCUACGAACCUUGCGACCCAAGUUCGAUGCCCGCUCACGACCAACACCAGUGACAAUUAUCUGAACCGGUCCUGGGCCUCCCCUAGGUUGACUCAGAUGAUGCAGUGUGUAAAAACAUCGCCACUAGAGAGACAAAAGCGGCCGGGCUUGGUGCUGGCGACCCACCCGCUCGUGUGCCAUUCCGGCCUUCGUAGGUGUUCGCUAACAGCACUUGCCCCAACAGUCUGGUCAGGCUCUAUGGGGGAUAUUUGUCUUUUUUAUAUCUAUGCGUGUUAACUGAAAGCGUCACGGUGUCACCCAAAUGCGCCUCGAUGUUACACAUCGUGUGUGACGUCGGUAAGCAUGGUUCGGCUUAUUUGCAGUGGAAAAACAACUUGGCGCAUAUUGACCCGUGACGACCAUGCUCAGCACAGCCCCUGGCGGGGCUCCGAUGUGUGAGCAGAAAAGAGGGCGUCAGUGAGAUGUGAUCUGGUUAAUUAAGUGAAAUUCAUUGCAUUUAUCUGUAUUUAAGAGCAUAUCCCAUGUGCAGACAGGACACCUCCGAUUAGCGCGGUUGGCUCCGUACGGUGCUACAGAAGUUCAACAUACGUACAUAAUGGACAGACUCGCCCUUGAAAAGAUAUUACCGCACUACGUUGUUGGCAUAAUGGAGGAUUAGACGGCAACAGGUCUGUGUAAUUGAUUUACUUUUAAACAGGGUCAAACGUAGCUCAUCUGGGUUUAAUUGUCACUUGUAAACUCACGGCAAAAGUGGAAUAUACAUUGUGCCGUGAACGGGCUUAACGAGCGCGAACGUGAAGACUGGGCAGGUGACAAAGAGAGCGAAGCCGCUACGUAAACGCGCAGCUCCUGUAAGCAGGCGGCACCUGUAUAGAAUUGUGAGCUCAGUCCCAUGAAAUUAAACUAAACAACUCCAAAACUAUUUUUUAUUUCACCAGGUAAGGCCCACUGAGCUAUUCAACUCUUUUUAGAAGCGACCUGGCCAUAAAUGAAAGCUCAACGACGGCUUAAGUGAAAAUUUAUAGCAGGUGAAUACUCUAAAUGCAUGUUUUCCAAAUGUGGAGGGAAACACCGGAGGACCCAGAGAAAAAUCCAUGCGACCACAGGGAGAGAGACGUGCAGACUCAAAAUAUACAGGAGGCGUAAGCGUCGGGAUCGAACCCGCAAACUCCUGUACACCAGGCGAGGUAGUUAACAUCUCAUAGCCACCGUGACGCCCCAAUUAGCGCGGUUGACUACGCCACUGCUGUCGAAAGGGCUUCCACUAGAUGGAGCUCUCGGAAGCCCCUCCAGAGGGUACCUGGCUAAAUGCCGAGACAUUUGCUGGCCAAAUGUCUCGGCGGAGGUUGGAGUUCCCACACUUUUCCGCAAAUAAUUGCGACUUGCUGAUUGGUUGCGAUUUCACAUUAUUCCGGUCCCAAGGCCGCCACUGAGAAGCCAGGAGCCCAGCAGCCGGUGCUGUGCGAGUUUAGCGCGAGAGUGAAUAAACGGACUUUGAUAUUGCAUGUUCAUUCUUUGAACUUGAUAAUUGAGUUUCAAGACUCUUACAGGAGAGUCCUGUCUGCGAGAUGGACCGAUUCCGUUGUUGUCGUUGCUAUACUUGAGUGCGUUGAGUUGUGACGUAAGUGCCCAGAGAAUACUUUAAAGUUUUACACGGGUAGCCUCCAAUAAUGACGCCCAGCGCUUCAUCUUUGCGCGAUCCACCAACCGCCAUCUCCAAGUCACUGGAUCACACUCGCGCAUCGUUGCAAAAAACCCCAGCAUUUCUUAACUGAAAUUCACACGAGCGGGUUUCUGCGGUGACGUGGUACCCGCGCAUAAACACACGCGCAACCGUCUGUCAGAACCAGUUUCACUGUCAUCAUCGUAAUCGUCAGCCAUGAUCAAAGCCACUGCUGCAUAUAUGUAUGCUGAACUUCUUUAGCACCGUACAUAGCCAACCGCGCUAAUCGGAGGUGGAUGAAGACCUUCCCAAGCCGUCGCCACCCCACAUUAUAACUGCGAUGUAUGAAUCCACUUGGCACCUACACCCGAGCCGAUUUCACCCUUCCAUCUCGGCAGUGGACGUGUUCACACACGCGACGGCAAAACACGGUGAGUCCAUUUAGUGCAAGGUCGAUCGACAAAUCUGUGCUGGGGUGAACCCACCCCGAGUAGCCAAGGAACACGUGGUUCCUCCAGUUGAUCAUGUCUCCGCUCAGGAACUACAGUUGCCACCUGUACCUGAUGUUUCCCAGGAUUGUGCUCUCUUUGCAGUAACCGUCCUGCAAAAUCUCCCAAGUAUUUUAUUGUAAGACAUAAAAAAAAAAUCCUGAUGUUGCCUAAUAAUACACCACUCAAGACAAUGUAUCUACGUAGUAGUUCAACUCUUGCGAGAUAUUACGAGAUAUUUUUCUCCCCGUUUUAUUUUUUGCACAUCAGAGGUGGCUGCCCUCACCCUAAAAACGCAGGUCUGGGACGUAUCAACACUCGCCAUCAUGGCCUAGCCACCACGUCAUCGAUGAUCGCAGCACGUCGAUGUGAAGGACUUUCAUGGUUGUUUUUAUUUGAACUUGGACACAUGCCCCUUUUAAGUACCGGCGUGGCGGGGGUGUGCUGAAGACGGCAUAUGCGUGUCCUUUAAAAGUCCGUUUAAUUGUAAUUUACGUUAAUUUAUGUAUAUUUCCUCCUCGCGAGCAGAGUUUUGCAUUCGCCAGUUGGGUCACCGAGGAGUCGGUUGAAAAGUUUGCCGCCGGGUAGAGUUCGGCCGAGUGAAGAAGAAAUUUUUUUUUUUCAAUUAUUUCAAGUAGCGAUCAUCGUCGAGUGUGUCUGACGUUGGGUCGUACGGUUGACAAUUGUCAUCGCUAAGAAAUGGGCAAGUGUCCCCAUACCUGGCCACACCUGCUUAAAAGCAAUGCUCGACUCGAAAGGCGGCGAUUUCGGUAUUGUAAAUUGCACACAACGCGAUGUGAUGAAACUAUAUUCAAAUUUCAAUAAAAACGA